UAUAUGUUAUUUGUAUUUGGUGUUACCAAACGCAGCCUUAGCAAUUGUCCAAAAGGAGGAAGAAGAGCGACAUGGCGUCGGUGGUGAAGAAUGUUCUGAAAUCGAUCAGAGAAAAGGGUUUCGGUACUUUCCUCAGAGAGCUUAAGGAUGAAGGCUACCUGAGAUGCCUUCCGGAUGGAAAUCUCUUGCAAACCAAGAUCCACAAUAUUGGGGCAACGCUUGUUGGUGUUGAUAAAUUCGGUAACAAGUAUUAUGAGAAGCUUGGAGACACACAGUAUGGUAAGUGUGUUUCUCAUUCUACACGUUUAUGAGGUUUAUCCAGCAAAUUAGACAUGACUAAAACCAGCAAAUAUAACCUAUCCACAUGGAAAUCUAGCAUUAACAUCAAUCAAGCAUUCCAAUUAUUGCACAUGAAUACCUCACUAUUGAUAUAUUUAACAGGAAAUUGAUAAUGUGAAAUGUUUUGGCUUUUCAAAUGCUUCUGAUAGGCCUCUUAUAAUUUAUAAGAGGAUAACUAGAAAUUAGGUUCUGAAUUAGGAUUGAAUUGUUCUAGCUGUUAUUAAACAGUUAGCUGUUUUUAUUCAGUUGUAGCAGUUCUUUUCAUGGGCAAGCAUAACUACCUCUAAGUGGUUAUUGAUCAGGGGAGAAAAAAAAGAGGAUAGGGGGAAAAGCGAGAGAGGAGGGAAGAUAGAAGAUGGUUAGGCAGGGAGAGGCCAAGCUCUCAACAAAUCUUGGAAUGGGACCUUUGUACUCAUUUAAUUUCACUAUGUUCUAGUGUAGUUGGUAACUAAGUAUCACUUUCGUUGAAUAAAGUUCAGUUCAGCUUUUUAUA